CCGCUCCCAGGUUGGAUGAAUGCCUUGUCUCCUGUGACGGAUCGUCUUCUAUUCACCCAUAUUUCUACUAUUGGAUACCUGGUCUGAUAUAGCCAUGCCUCUCAGCGACCAUGCGCCCAGGCUGGAAUUUCUCAGGAGCUCUGCCAGCUCUCUGAAUGCUCUCGGUCCAUCCACCGCGGCCUAUUUAAUGACGUUGCACAAUGGCAUUAUUUAUGACGAAUUCAAGCCCUUGAACCAGCGCCAUCGCGAGGCAUCGUGCGGUGCAUGUGGCAGCAUCAGAAGCGAGGAAUGGACCAAGACCAUUAAUAUCCCCAAACGAAAAGGCAAGCCCUCAAAGCCAGGCUCAGCGGCUAGGCCGGCCUCUGAAGGAGCUACAAUUCUAAAAUGUCUCCGUUGCCGUCGGCGCACCGUCAAGCCAGCUCGAAAGGAGGCAAGCCGUCCUACUAUGCCCGCCAAAUCUAUUCCUACGACAGCAUCUACGCCUGAGAUUCAAUCCUCUGCAGCCACGGCGCCUCGUUCAGGGCCGACCUGUGAAUUAGCGGAUCAAAAUAAAGUUAAUAAGGCCGCAGACAAUGCCAAUAGCAAAAAGCGAGCCAAGGCCAGAAAGCAGGGUGGAUUGCAGGCACUGAUGGCUUCCAAGCAACAGUCUCUCACAAAUUCAUCAUCCCUCGAUCUCUUUGACUUCCUUCAGCAGUGAAGGGGACCUGCAAAUUUUCUUGCUGGCCACGAGCCCAUGCCAAGGCCGGAGGAUCGGGGGAUUCCUCCGGGAUGGUUUGGGCCUAGCGCGGGGUUGCUUUAUCGGCCGGAGCUCCCCAAACGGCUUCCCGCC